AUGGCUGCUCAAAAUUCUGCACCGCCCCAACGGCUCUCCCUCUACUGGAACGGCGCCGACGACGUCGAGCAGAUUAGCCGCUAUACCUCUGGGGGCUAUCAUCCCAUCCGGAUCGGAGAAGUAAUAUCAACGCCCCCGGAUACCGAAUCAGGCCUCAAUCCUCGCAAGUACCGUGUACUCAAUAAGCUCGGUCAUGGUGCUUUCUCUACCGUGUGGCUGGCGUCUGCUCAGCAUUAUCCUGCGCCCGGACGCUAUUUCGCACUCAAGUUUUGCGUUGCCGAUGCUGAUUUUAAGCGUGAACUAGAUGUUUUUAGGCGGCUACUCGAUGAUAAAAAACGUUGUGUGCUGAGGCUUCAUGAUACCUUUACGAUUGAUGGUCCUAAUGGCACACACGCUGUACAUGCUUUCAAUGUUCUAGGUUCAUUGGACACAAUUUCUCAGCUUGUGCGACCUUAUUGGAACCCGCGCGAACUUUGUCGUGAGGUUGCGCAAGGCUUGGCAUUGCUUCACCGUCACGGUGUUGUACAUGGAGACCUCCACAUGAGAAAUAUUGGCGUGUCCAUGCCGCAACUGGACGAAAUCACCGAGGACGACCUCAUGGACCGCCUCUACCCGCCCGAAAUCACAAUAGUUUUCCCUCGUCAGAUACCCGCACGGCCAGAAUCCCUGCCUUUCUACCUUGUCCCGCCGACGCCUAUCUCCGAAGUUCUCCUCCCGAAGAACGGGAAGCCAGACAUUGAAGUGCACGUCGAGCUACUCGGUUUAGGAAGUGCUACAAUUGUCGGAAGCGGCUCUGCACCUCCUGCGUGUACACCUGCGAUGGUAUGUGCGCCGGAGAUCAUGUUUGAACAAGUCACUACCUCGGCCAUCACCCAACCUGCUACAACCGCGAGCGACAUCUGGGCGCUGGCUUGCCUGAUGCACGAAAUCGUCUUUGGCGGAGACCUGUUCUACUUUGCAUCAGCCAAUGACCGCCUCCUGGGCGAGAUGGCAUCAACCUGCGGCCAAGUCCCGUCGUCCUGGCGCAGCUAUUGGGACUCAAACGAAGGGCUCUGCAAACUGGAUGUUUCCCAGGAAGGGGCUGACAAGCAGUGGCAGGAAUUGAUAGAUAAUUCUACAAGUGAAUUUGCGAGAAGAGGUGCUGCGACUACUAAAGAGGAUUUUGUUAUCUUUUGCGACCUUUUACGGAGGAUGCUUAAGAUGGAUCCAAGUGCUCGACCGAGUAUUGAGGAGGUAUUGGCGCAUCCGUGGCUCACCUAG